CUCAUAUACAUUGAAGUAGACACUAAUUUUAGAAUUGAUCAAUAUACCGAGGUACUCUUCCACCGAAAUGUAAUCAAUACAUUAAAUGAAAUGGUUAAUGGUUUGAAACAUUAAACACGGAGGAUUUAGCUUUGUUGUAUUAACAGGUAACAUAUUGAGUUGAGGACAACAUGUGCAAUGUCAACACAAGAUGCACUGGAGCGUGGUUGCAACAUUGGUGAACCUCGUUGCCCUCCUUCUCUAUACCACGGCUGUGGCGUCACAUCACUGGGCCACGAAGGCGGACGCCGGCUUUUCCACGCACGCCGGUCUGUUAACUGCGUGUCCGACGAUCAAUGACACCUGCUUAGAUACCCAUUACAAUUUCAACGGUGAUUCAUACGAGAAAGGUAUCAUUAUUGCCAGCGCUGUUCUGAAUGUGUUCGCGCUGAUCUGCUUCUAUUUCUUUACGGUUCUCUCCAUCUUCUUCUUGUGCGGCCUCUACGAAGAGAAACGCCUCGCUAUUGGCGCAAUCAUAACUUCGAACGUGACAGGAUGCCUUGCCGCUAUUGGCAUAGCCAUGUUGCUGUGACCAUCAAGCGACUCGAUUACUCUCUCAGUUGGUCUUUUGUACUGGCCGUUCUAGGGCUGAUCGCAACAUGGCCGUCGACAUCCUUAUGUGUGUCGGACGCAACAUCAGUAAGAUGUCCGAUGACGAAGAAAAACCGAGAGAGCCGCAUCCCAUAGAAUAAAUCGCCCUUGACGCCACCCUGCGGAAGCAAUGGCUUGAGAAAGAAAAGAGGUACUUUUGAGCGCACUUCCUAAAAAGAAACCACUGCCUGGGGCGUCAAAAUAAAACGAAACGACGACUUGUGGUGUCAAGAUUUAGAAAAUAACUACAGCAUUGCAUUUAGAACUAACACAUUAAGUGUUGUGUUAUGGAGAGAAUCCUUACGUUAGAUAAGAUAUACACUACGCAAACAAGGUGAGGAAUCGACAAUAUGUUGUUAGGCUUAUUCAACAAAUUCGACCAUUCUAACGCGACGUUAAACCUGGCCAAUGUGAAACAUUUUCUGAAAUUACUAAUUUGAUGGAAAGAAAAAAAAGGCUAAAGAAAUAUCAAGUUAGCAUACAUUCCAUAUAUAUUUCAUAGCGAAUCUACGAUAUCCUCAAAUUAUCGGGAUGUUAAUUAGGCGGAUACAAUUGGUGUAUGAUAUUCAAUGAUAUUUCGCUGUGUGUCGCCUAUUAAACCAAGAUCUACGACAAAGACAAUAUUGGGUUCCACGGAUUUCCGCAUACACGUACAUAUUCAAUUUAAUGAAAUAUCAUAUAGGAUGUCUUCGUCCAUUCAUUUGGAAUGACUAUGGGAUAUAACUUAUGGUUAUGUAGGAAAGCAUGUUCUUUAAAUAUACACAUGGUUCUGUGCAUGUAAAUGUAAUAUUGCUCUCUCAAUUUCGCGGUACGUAUAAUAAAAUGUCCCCGUUUAAGACUUUCAACACAGAAGCAUUCCCACCAGUCAAAUUGGGUGCCAAGCCCGUUACUAGAGAUUCUGCUUUUGUAUUACCAUUCACACACAGUACAACAUGUGCCAUUCGAUUCGUGUCGCUUGAAUCAACAUAUAUUUGAACGUUUAACAUGAUGAUGUAUACUCCACUAACAUGUACAUUGACGAUGCCGGUCAUUGGGCUGUAGGGGCCUCCUUUGUUGUAGUAAACGUGAUCGAAUUUGAUGAUAGUUUCUUUGUUAUAUGUGUUAUCUGUUUGAAGCUUGGUCGAGACACCGAAACUUGUACCUGAAGCAAGGUAUAUUUUCAUUCACAGUUCAGCACAUUAUAACUGAUGAUUAUGUCUACGGCAUUCAUGUUUUGCACAUUACAAUUUUUAUUGAACACAAUUAAAUGAACUUUUAUUCAAGAUAUUUAUUGUUAUUUGGGACACGUAUCUAUAUAUCUUAUUUUCAUAUAAUAUUGACGUUUGAAAACCUAGUGGAUAAACAAAUAUUUAGAUCCGACGUUCAGGUACGAAUUUUAUAAAGAUAUUUAUGAAACUCCACACGUACCUUUGUUUUGUUGGAGCAGGGGUAUCUGUCCUCAUGCCGUAUCGACGUGUGAUUCGGUGGUUAUUGGUUUUGAUUUGAAAUCCGUUUGCGUUCCCUCCUGGCUUUGAAACCGAUACUGGAGAUUGUGAGUGUUGCUCUGCGUAGCUGCUACUUUCUGUUCCACGGUAGCUAUUUAAGCUUGUGUUUUAUUUGCUGAUACGUUCAUGUCUGACUGUGUCUUUUCCAGAGUUUCAAUCCGUCCAACUAUCUGUAGUAGUGUCUCAUCGAAUUGUGUUUCGAUUGUCCUUGUUUUUGAAAUAAUAUCCGAUUGCGUCCCCUCCAUGCUUUGAACCCGUGACUGGAGAUUGUAAGUGUUGCUCUGCAUAGCUGCUACUUUCUGUUCCAAGGUAUCCUUUUGAGCGUGUAUUUUGAUCGCGUCUCCUUUCAUGUCUGAUUGCGUCUUCUUCAGAGUUUCAAUACGUCUGUAUUCCUGUUGCAUCGACUUGUGAUUUGAAAGCCCUUGUUUUUUUUUAAGAACACCUUGUGUUCCCUCCAUACUUUAAAAUCGUUACUGUAGAGUGGGUGUUGCUUUGCGUAGCUGCUACUGUCUGUUCCACGGUAGCUAUUAGAGCUUGUGUGUUGUUUUCUGCUCCUUUCAUGUCUGACUGCGUAUUUUCUAGAGUGCAGAGUGUCAAUCCAUCCAACGAUUUAUCCUUGUGUUGUUUCGACGUGUGAUUAAAUAUCAACUGUCUUUAAAUUAAGAUCCGCUUGCGUGCUCUCGAGACUAAGAGCCCGUGACUGCAGAGUUUGAGUGUUGUUCUGCGUAGCUACUACUUUCCGUUUCACGGUGGCUAUUUGGGCUUGCAUUUUGUUGGCUGCAUCAUUCAUGUCGAAAAAGUCACCAGAAACACCCAUCAAAAGGUUAAUAUUGGACUGUACGCCCUCCUGAAUCUUCUGGACAGAAUUCAAUCGUGACUUGGUUGCUGCGUGUAAGCAGAUGCGUGCGUCGCCCUACUUCCGCCGCAAAGUCUUUCACGUGACUGUCAAUAUCAUCGAGUAUAUACUGGACAGAUAUCAGCUUCAGAUUAAAAGAAGGAACAUCACUGAGCUGCUUAUUCGUUGCGGUCAUCGAUGUCAUGAGAUCCUUCAUAUCUUUUCUCAUAGUAUCUUGCUCCUUUUUUAUUUUAUUAUAUACCUGUUUAAUGCUUUUUACAAAAUACAGAUUGUAUCAAUCGUUGAAAUAAAAAAUCUCGUAUUACGCUACUCGCUAUUUCCAAUUCCGUAUUACCAUACUAGCUGGACUACUUCGACCCAUUUAAUGACGUCACAUUACGCGCACCGAAAAUAUAAAUAUUUUAUAUUACGAAAUAUAUUACGUAGUACAUCGUGUGACGUCAUUUCUGUGACUAAACACAAUGGUUUUAUCUAAACUCUGUGGAAUUUAAGGACAUGUCGGACGUGGUGUUUUUUAACAGUAAACUAUUUGUUAAAAACAUAGAACGAAUUCUAAACGUAUUUAAGAGUGUUUGUUUACCAUGCAUAAUGUAUUUUUGAUAGGAAUACAAUA